CGGGCCCCGCCUUCCCGGGGCGCCCCCGCGGCCGCGCUGCCCGCCGGGCCUGGGCCCCUCGGAUGAGGCGGUGAGGCCGCGGCGCUUCCCCCUCCCCUCCCGGAUCCUUCCCCCCCUCCCCUCCCCGUCCCUCCCGCCUCCUCCGGGGCCUCGGGCCCCGCUCCCCAUGUAGGAGGGAGGACCGAGGCCGGGGUGGAUGGUGCGAGGGGCGGGCGCGGAGGGAGUUUGAAGUUCGGGGGUUUCGCGGAGUCUCCCCCUCGCCGUUCCCGAGCGCAGCGGGGGAGGAAUGCCAAAUCCGGAGAGACAUGGGGGCAAGAAGGACGGCGGCGGGGGGUCCUCGCAGCCGGGCAGCGGGAGCUCCAACAGCAAGGAGAGGCACCGGGCGGGCUCCAGGCACAAGAGGCACAAGUCCAGGCACUCCAAGGAGUCCCCGCUGGCGGCCCAGGAAGCGGCGGCGCCCCUGGGAGCGGUGAUCAAGCCGCUGGUGGAGUACGAUGACAUCAGCUCGGACUCGGACACCUUCUCCGACGAUGUGGCCCUCAAGCUGGACAGGAGGGACAACGAGGAGAGGAGGGCGGAGAGGAGCGAGAGGUCCCAGAAGCACCGGCACCACCAGCACAAACGACUCCGGGAGCUGAUGAAGAGCAAACAGGCGGAGAAAGACAGGAAGUUGGAAAAGAGCCUGGAUGCUUCCAGCAGGUCCACCAAGGAGAGGAUAUCGGGAUCCUCCAAGAGGCUCCUGGAGAGCGAGGAGCACCCCAAGGCGCUYUCCUCCAAGAGCAGCAACAAGGAGUCGCGCUCGGCCAAGGCGCACAAGGAGAAAUCCAGGAAGGAGCGGGAGCUCAAGUCCAGCCACAAAGAGCGCAGCAAAAGCCAUCGGAAAAGGGAUGCUCCCAAAAGUUACAAAACCAUCGACAGCCCCAAGAGGAAAUCCAGGAGCCCUCAUAGGAAAUGGUCGGACAGCCCAAAACUGGACGACAGCCCCUCGGGAGCSUCCUACGUCCAGGAGUACGACCUCAGCCCGCCCCGCUCGCACACCUCCAGCACCUACGAUCCCUACAGGAAAAGCCCCGGCGGYUCCUCACGCCGGCAGUCCCUCAGCCCACCCUACAAGGAGCCCGUGGGCUACCAGUCCAACGCCCGUUCGCCCAGCCCCUACAGCCGGCGGCAGCGAUCCGUGAGCCCCUACGGCCGGAGGCGCUCGUCCAGCUACGAGCGGGGCAGCGGUUCCUACAGCGGGAGAUCCCCGAGCCCCUACAGCCGCCGCCGCUCCAGCAGCCCCUUCGCCUCCAAGCGCUCCGUGAGCCGGAGCCCCAUCGCCAGGAAAUCCGUGAAGUCCCGGAGCCGCAGUCCUGGAUACUCGAGACACUCAUCUCACAGCAAAAAGCAGAGGUCUGGCUCCCGYAGUCGCCAUUCCAGCAUCUCCCCAACCAGGCUCCCGCUCAACUCCAGCCUUGGAGCAGAGCUCAGCAGGAAGAAGAAGGARCGAGCGGCCGCGGCAGCCGCUGCGGCCAAGGUGGAUGGGAAAGAGGCGAAGGGCUCCCCUGUUUUCCUGGCUAGGAAGGAAAACAGCUUGGCUGAACUCAAGGAGGCUGGGACGGAGUCUAAAAAAGUCACCAAAACUGUUAAAUCUGAGAAAGCUCCGGACACGGACUCGGUUAAUUUACUGUACACCAACGCAGAGCCUAAAGCCCCUGCGGAGWCAACGAAAUCCAAGGCAGAGGAGAACUCGGAGAGGAAACAUCCUGUUCCAGUUCGGGAUUCCAAACCCACGGGAACAAAGGACUCGAAGCCCGUAGCAGUGGUAGAGGACCUGGUAUCUCCAAAGGAGACAGAAACGGUGGAGAAGGAGAUCCCACCCCCUCUCCCCGCAAUCAAAUCCCCUCCUCCACCUCUGCCCACCACCACCCCUCCGCCUCCCACGCCGCCGCUGCCGCCGCUGCCUCCGUCACCYGCUGUCCCACCGCUGCCUCCGGCCCCAGUGACUCCUGUUCAGGUCCCUACUUCAGCCCCAACGUCUUUGCCAUCUUCUUCCCACCCAAGGACGUCUACUUUAUCCUCUCAGGUGAACUCCCAGUCCUCUGUCCAGGUGGCUCCAAAAACCCAAGUGUCUGUGACGGCUGCUAUCCCACACCUGAAAACUUCCACCUUGCCUCCGCUUCCGCUCCCCCCUAUUUUAGUUGGGGAAGAUGACUUGGAUAGUCCAAAAGAGAUUCUUCCUCCAAAACCUGUGAAGAAAGACAGAGAGCAGAGACCACGACACUUACUCACGGACCUCCCGCUCCCCCCAGAGCUCCCUGGGGGGGACCCAUCUCCUCCCGACUCCCCGGAACCAAAGGCAGCCACACCACCUCAGCAACCCUUCAAAAAGAGACCAAAAAUCUGUUGUCCUCGGUAUGGGGAGAGGAGACAGACAGAAAGCGACUGGGGCAAGCGUUGUGUGGACAAGUUUGACAUCAUCGGGAUAAUCGGAGAAGGGACCUAYGGGCAGGUGUACAAAGCCAAGGACAAGGACACAGGUGAGCUGGUGGCUCUGAAGAAGGURCGCCUGGACAAUGAGAAGGAAGGAUUCCCCAUCACGGCCAUCCGGGAGAUCAAAAUCCUGCGGCAGCUCAUCCACCGCAGCGUCGUCAACAUGAAGGAGAUUGUCACGGACAAACAAGAUGCACUGGAUUUCAAGAAGGACAAAG